AAGUCGCCCCCUUCACACGUUGAGUCUGUCGUCCUACUGCUGUUGUCGUUUUCUUCCACUUCAGUCCGUCACUCUUUUUCGUCUUCACCUUCAAGCUUCAUUUCGACGGCCUGAACCCUGAAUUUGAAUUACCGGACCGGAGGGAAGCAAAACCUCUUCAAAAUCCUUGAAUUCUUGAGGUACCUGUCCAUUGCUACCUCCUUAGAAGAAGUUGAGGCGAAGCAAAUUCAGAACGCAGAAAGAUGGUUUUGGGGCUAAGAAAUUUCACUGAGAGGACCGGACAUGGCGUCGGCCAACCAGUGCUUGAUAUCGGCAAUGGCGAGGAGCUCAUGCGCGUCCAACCAGGGGUUGAUAUCGUCCUAGCUAAUCGUCCUCGCGAGUCCCAUGGCACUCUCUAUGUUUCUAACAAGAAAUUGAUAUGGUUGAGUGAUGUAGACGAGGCUAAAGGCUAUGCAGUUGAUUUUUUGUCUGUGUCGCUUCAUGCGGUAUCAAGAGAUCCAGAGGCUUAUCCAAUCCCUUGUAUAUAUACACAGGUACAGAUUGAGACUGAACCAGACGGGGAUGAGUCUGACAACUCAGAUUCAGAAUCCAAUGACACCUUGGAUUUGUCCAGGAUCAGGGAGAUGAGGCUUAUUCCAUCAGAUCCAAAUCAAUUGGAUUCUCUUUUUGAAAUAUUCUGUGAAUGUGCAGAGCUUAAUCCCGAACCAAAUGAUGAGGAAGGAGAAGAGCAUGAGUGGAUUUUCAGCGCAGAUCAAGUGGUAGAUGAAGGGGACGAAGAUUAUAUCUCUCAAAGUCCAGCCCACGCAAUUGGUCAGUCAAAUGGUGAUCAUGACAUAGCUCGUACGGUACUCCAGCUUCGAAUUGAUGAUGAAGUCUUUGAGGAUGCAGAGGAGAUGGAGCAUGAUAGAAACAACACCCAUAAUUGAAUCUCUGUGAUUUCCUCCAAAUAGCAUCUUCCAGUCGUCUUAAGGCCAUAUCAGUUGUCCUUUGGUUAGUUGGAUCCCAUAUGAUGUAAACUUUUGUCCAAGGUGUACUUGAUAGCAGAAUGGUUAGAAUAACUUGUGAUACAUGAUCUAAGUUUUGUGGUCUUGCUAGAGUCAUAACUGAUGAUUCCUUUAGGUGGUGUGUCCUCAAGGCAAGGUUCAUUAAUGGUUCUGGGUGGUGUUUACUUCUUGUCUUUUAGCCAUCAUGAUGUUGUAGUGUCCUGCGAAUUGUGGUGAGUAAUCUUCUUUGUAAUGCGUUGGUAGGCCAUGCAAUUUCUUUAUACAAGAUUGGUUAGAAUGACUAUAAUUUAGA